CGGAACUUCGAAUCUUUUUUCUAGAGCUCAAGGUCGAGAAUUUCCACCAUCAGCAAGAACGACCCGAACGACCACCCAGGAGAAUCUACGCCGAACUCAAAAUGGGUCUCUUCGUUCUCACCGAGACCAGUGCGGGUUUUGCGCUUUUCAAGGCCGAUAAGAAAGUGCUGAAAAAGAAUGAUACCGCAGAGGUUGAAUCUGCAGAGAGCAUCAAUGGACUGUAAGUGCAAUUGAGCUGCGAUUGCAAUGGCAAUGUUUUAGGAGCAACAUCUAAUGAUGCGCUAUGCGACACAGUCUUAAAUUGAAGCAUUUUGAGAAGUUUGAUUCCGCCGCGACUGCUUUGGAAGAAGUUGCGUCGUUGGUGGAGGGGAAGGUGUCGCCCAUGCUCGCAAAGCUUUUGGACACCCUCAAGGACGAGAAGAAGGCAUCACUCGCAGUAGCAGAUCCCAAAUUAGGACAAGCUAUCAACAAGCUUCCCGGUCUCAACCUGACGCCCGUCUCCGAUUCGACGACCAAUGAUGUCUACCGUGCUAUUCGCGAACACCUUCCCUCCCUCAUCCCAGGCCUCCUUCCUGAAAGCAUCUCGACCAUGUCGCUUGGUUUGUCGCAUUCGCUGUCACGUCACAAGCUGAAGUUCUCGCCCGAUAAGGUCGAUACCAUGAUUGUGCAAGCUAUUGCCCUGCUCGACGACCUGGAUAAAGAACUCAAUACUUAUGCUAUGAGAGUCAAGGAGUGGUAUGGAUGGCAUUUCCCAGAAAUGGGCAAGAUUGUAAAUGAUAACUUGGCAUAUGCCCGAAUCAUCUUGAAGGUUGGUAUGCGAACGAACACCUCGUACACUGAUCUCGCCGACAUUCUACCCGAGGAGAUUGAAACCGCUAUCAAGGCUGCAGCUGAAGUCAGUAUGGGCACAGAAAUCACCGAGGAGGAUUUGGAGAACAUUAAGCUUUUGGCGGAGCAAGUUGUUGGUUUUACCGAGUACCGACAGCAAUUGUCGAGUUACUUGAGCGCUCGUAUGCAAGCAAUUGCACCAAAUCUCACAGAAUUGGUUGGUGACCUUGUUGGAGCCAGACUUAUCGCACACUCUGGAUCCCUCAUGAACUUGGCCAAGAGCCCUGCCAGUACUAUUCAAAUUCUUGGUGCCGAAAAGGCACUUUUCAGAGCUUUGAAGACAAAGCACGACACACCCAAGUACGGUCUGAUUUACCACGCUUCCUUAGUCGGACAAGCGACCGGCAAGAACAAGGGAAAGAUUGCCCGUAUGUUGGCUGCAAAGGCAGCGAUUGGUCUUCGCGUCGACGCGCUUUCCGAUUGGAGUGCUCAAGGUGAAGGAAAGGGCGAUGAUGUCGACGAAGAAGAGCGAUCGAUACUUGGUGUCACAUCUCGCGCCAAGAUUGAACGCCAAUUGCGAUUAUUGGAAGGCAAGCCAUUGCUUCCAAGAGGAGUCGCUGUUGGACCAAAUGGAGCUGCUGUUUCUGCUCCUGGAAAAUGGGAGAUCAAGGAGGCCAAGAAAUACAAUGCCGACGUCGAUGGACUCACUGGCGAUGCACCAGCUGCAGCUGAACCAGUAUCUGAGAAGAAAUCCAAGAAAGAGAAGAAAGCCAAGAAGGAAGAAGCACCAAAGAAGGAGGUCAAAAAGUUGAUUGAGGAAGUCGAGUCUGAUGGAGAGUCUGAGGAUUCCGAUGAGGAAAUGGUUGAUGCUCCUACUACCAAUGGCGCCGCUUCAGACACCAUAUCCACAGUUUCUGAUGACUCUCCAUCACCUCCAGCAUCUCCCCAAUGGGUAUCAUCUAUUCUUGGCAACACCAAAGAAGCUAAGAAGGCCCGAAAGAAGGAGCGACACGAACGAAACCUUGCCGAGGCUGACAAGAAGUCUGAGAAGAGAAAGGCGAAAAAGGAAAGGGAAGCUAAAAACGCUGAUCGUGAGAAGCGAAGGGAGGCCAAGGCAGCACAGGAUGAGAAGAGAGCAGAAGCCAAACCAGCUUCUGCCCAAGUUGAUUCAGAUGCCCUAAAUGCUGAACUAGCUGGCCUCAGUUUAGAAAAGUACAAGCGUAAGCUUGAAAGAGGCCAAAUCACCCUUGGUGAGGACGGCAAACCAAUUGUCACUAGCAAGAAGGAGCUCAAAAAGCAAAGAAAGGCUGCAGAGAAGGCGGCUGCUGCAGCAAACGAUUCCACAGAGGCGAGCAGCAAGAAGCGAAAGUCGGAAGAAGAUGUUGAGAAGUCCGAGAAGAAGAAAAAGAAGAAGAGCAAGGCCUGAACAUGGCCUUCUCUGAUUUCUGUAACAUAAUGCUUGAUGUUUCUCUCUCCGGCGUGUGAGGUCUUGCUGUUGGCGUCCGGGGUGGCAUUGUCAGGGUAUAUUCGAGUUUGAUUUUGGAGUCACGAAAAAUGGCAGUACUUGGUUCUUUGCAAUAAAUAAAAACGACUGGGUGCAUAUACCAAUUGACUUUAUAUCUGUGUUUGGUUGCAUUCCUUGGUUGUGAAAUGUGAGACUUGCAUUAAAUUUCAAACAUGGCAUUCUAUCCCCGCGAAUUAUUGGCGAAAGUCUAUACUUGGUUGGACUCAAGUAUAAACUACUUAUAGGUAGGUACUUGCGGUAGUGAAUGGGAUAGUUUAUGUAUUUUUAUUGUGCUGGCGCCAACAUUGUGAAAGCAUACAAACUAACCUCGCAGUAGAAAGGAGAACCUCACCAAUUUACACUAGUGGAUUUGUCGCAACUUUCUCAGCAAAACCAUAUUUAUUCUUGUUAUCUCAAAAGUUAACCUAGGCCUAUCAUACUGCCUAUUUCAAGUAAACUAUUAGGGCAUCCAAAGGACUUCUAAUACUGUACUUGUACGGAGCACCAGGGAGGUGAAAUUCACCCGGUACAAGUCCGGCCCUCACCAACCACACUCGCCAGACUAGCCACUCGUCUCAGCCCUGUACUUAUUUUCCUCAGCCUUGCCUUCUCUUCUUCCCUCAUACCGUCAACAAAAUUCAAGCCCAAAACAAACCACAAAACCAGCAUCCAAAAUGACAGACGACAAAUCACAAUCUCGGCCUCGGUCCCCGAAUCGGCUCUCAAUGCGCGACGUCCCAACAGGUCCCUCGCAACGCAAUCGAUCCAGAUCACCGCGUCGUGAGCGACGUGGUGGUGGAGGGGGAGGAUUCAGAUGGAAGGAGAAACGGAGGGACGAUGAUAGAGAUCGCGAAGGAGGAGAUAGGAGAUUGGAGAGAGGCUAUAGAAAUCGAUCGCCACGGAGAGAGAGGAGAGAUGAUCGGGAUGAAGGGAGAGAUGGUGGGAGAGACGAUAGACAGGGAGGGGAUAGAAGGGAAGGACAAAAGGAUCGCGCGCGUCGGGAGAAACGGGAGAGGAUCGUUGAAGCUGCUGAUUCUACAAAAGAGGAUUCUCUGGAUUUGGCCUCGAAGUUUGGGACUGCUUCUACGUCUAAUUCUGCGUCCGCUCCCUCGACCUUCAAACCUGCGCCGGCACCACAGCAGCAGCAGUCGGCAGCGCCCACUGAAAGAAUGAUCACGGUUUUUGUCAAUGAUCGACUUGGUACUCGAGCCCAAAUCCCCUGUCUGGCUUCCGAUAAUAUCAAGCUGUUUAAGAUGCAGGUAGCGGCGCAGAUUGGGAGACAACCUCAUGAGAUUUUACUGAAGAGGCAAGGGGAGAGACCGUUCAAGGAUAUGUUGACCUUGGAGGAUUACGGGGUCAGCAAUGGGGUGCAGAUUGAUCUGGAGAUUGAUACUGGGGAG